AGUAUAGGCGACGGCGAGAUCUCGCGGGCCUGUUGUGUCUGACGACAGACGCUGCGUGGGGGUUUUCGCUUGAUGUCAUAAGGAAAGACGCGAGAGAGGAGCGUUUACACCGCCGCUUCUCAUGCUUCUGCGGCUUUCUUCACGAAUCCACCCAGUUUAACGAUCUUUCUCCGCAUAUUUCGGCGAGUUUUUCGGGCACGAAGGUGAUGCGGUGCUGCCGUGCUCGCGCUCGGCGUCCGUGAAGCUGCGCGCGCAGCUGAGCUGAAAGAUGGACCACAACACCGUCAACCAAAACGGCCGCUAAUUCGUUACUUUCACGCCCUUUUCUGCUGUUAAAUCCGGCGAUCGAGACUUUAUUUGAGAUGGAUACGUGGACGUCGAGUGAAAGAAGGCCCUCCGGGGCAAACAAACCGUGUGGAGGAUCUGUAGCCUGUUAGCAAGUAACGAAGAAGAAGCCCGCAGUGUGUGAUGAUGAUGAUGAUGAUGAUGGAGCAUCAACUGUCAGGAGGAAGAUCAGAAACACAACCUGGUCUUUAGGGAUCGUGUGUUUCCUUCUAUUCAUCUGCUGAACUUCUAGCCAUAUCAUUUCAUAACACACACACACCAGACACACACACACACAUAUAUAUAUCAGCGCAUAUCAUGCGGGCGGACUCGAGCAGUGCUGUUGUUCACUGAUAUAUCUGUAGUGUAGAGAGACUAGCUCAGUUGUUCACUCCUGAAUCUGAGCCCAGGACACCUGAGAUGGAUAAACUCACCAUUAUUUCAGGAUGUCUCUUUCUGGCUGCGGAUAUAUUUGCCAUAGCGAGCAUUGCCAACCCGGACUGGAUCAACACUGGCGAGUCAGCAGGAGCUCUUACGGUGGGGCUGGUGCGUCAGUGUCAGACGAUCCACGGCCGGGACCGAACCUGCAUCCCCCCCCGACUGCCCCCGGAGUGGGUCACCACGCUCUUCUUCAUCAUCAUGGGCAUCAUCUCCCUCACCGUCACCUGUGGCCUGCUCGUGGCCUCGCACUGGCGGCGGGAAGCCACCAAAUACGCCAGGUGGAUCGCCUUCACGGGAAUGAUCUUGUUUUGUAUGGCCGCCCUCAUAUUCCCAAUAGGAUUCUACAUCAAUGAAGUAGGAGGACAACCGUACAAAUUACCCAACAACACAGUGGUGGGCUCCUCUUAUGUACUGUUCGUGCUCUCAAUCUUCUUCACAAUAGUGGGGCUCCUGUUUGCGGGAAAAGUCUGUCUUCCUGGCUGAGGGGACGGUCCCAGCUGGGACAGCUGGGGUAUUCAAUGUGAAACGGAAAGAAUCGGCACUCAUCGAGAAGGGGCGAUGACAAGGCAAGGUGUUAUAUGAUAUAAUAACUCAUUAAACUGCAAAACUAAUAAGACGAUUACUGCGCGCACUACAAAUGAGUGCGUCCAACCACAUGCUCCCCUUCGCCCAACCUGUGCUUAGUUAAACCUGUGCUGUCUUUAUGUUGCACCUACCCAAAGGAUUGGGGGCGUUGAAGUACACCGGCCCGCCUGGAAAGGACUGAGUGCAUCCACAGCGGCUGCUUCCACUACUACUUUACUUUGGGAUAUAGUUCCGUUAUCUUUGGUUCGUUUAAGUUUCGUAGAGCUUCACGCACAUGUAUGGCCUCUGCCUUUGUGUGGGAAAAAAAUACAAAUAUUGGUGGAGAAUGCGGGCACAGACACAUUGGGCCGGACGCUCAGUCCAACGGGAGGGGACUCCCCACAUUCUCUCUAGCGGCCCAAGAGCUCUCCAGGACGCUGCACUGUUACAAAAGAGGGAAAACGGUAAAGGGAACAGUAUUAAGAACUUUUUUGCUCUGGCAGUAUACGAGGCAAGCGCUCCAGGACUGCCGGUCAGGACCCUGCAAGGCUGUGCCUCGCUGUUAAACCACGCUCCGAUAUUUCUCUGAAUCUGACGUCAUACCAAAAGAAAGUCCUCGCUCGACUACGGGGCGAGAGGCGGAUUGUGUUUGUGCUUUGACUUUAUACCUGUUCAUCUCUUCUUUGUUUUCAUCUCUGGAUUUGCAGAGCCCUUUACUUGUUUUGGUUUGAUUUGCUAAUGUGCCAUAAACCUGUUCGUGUUGAAUGAAUGCGAAGGGCAUGAGUUCAGUUUCAGAGGAGCACUGUGCAGUAUAGCCAUUUCAGUAGGUAAAGCACUACACAAACGAACUCCUUACCUCAUUAUUGUGCGAUAUUUUUUUUUUGUUUUCCUCACCAUGACGAAAUGUGUGCCCUGUAAGUUAUGUUCUGCCUUGAUCACGGACGUUUCAUUAAAAUGCUGUGAUUUAUUUAUCUGACACUGAAUAAAAGGAGCUUAAGAAUGUGUGCUUGUUACAUCAACCCUGUUUUUUGUUCUUUUUUUUGAAGUGAUCCCCAUUUUCAGAAAACAAAUGUACCGUGUAAGAGUGUCUUUACAGUGGAACGAAAUCAGAACUGUGUUUUAUUUAUGAUGGAUGUGUGAUAUGAAGGUUACAUUUUGCCCACAAGUUGUUAAUGUUUGUUUUUUUAUGAAUUCCCCUCUGUGUGUGUGUGUUUCGGUUUUAUUUGAAUGUGCUUUUUCUGUUCAAUCCAAUUAUUGAAAGGUCAUAUGCUCACAGUCGCCUUUACAUUCUUUACUAAAUUAAUUUCAUUAAUGCUUCGAAAGACUGCACUUUCCUUGGAAACAUUCACAUUCAUUUUAGGGAUGGUAAACAGAUGAGAUAUAUUUAUUCCAAUUUUUGACGGUUCUCGUAACUAUAUGGGGUAAGAACUUAAACUCUUGGAUCGAUGAAUUGAUAAUGUUUUUAAGAUAAACUCCCACCUGCAUUCAGGCAAGAUGUGUACAAUUGCUUUUGGCAAAAGACGUAUCGCACUGGGACCUAAAUUAAUGUGAACUGCGAGAACGACGGUGGACGCCAUCACCUCCGCGCUAAAGACUGCUUCUGCUCUGGAUAUUUUUGGAAACCCAUUAUAAAAUGGAAAAAGAAAAAAAAAGUAUGGGGUAAUGACCAUCAAUGACAUAUAGGGUAAUGAAAAGCUAUUUAUGAUUUCAAAAGGGAAGGAAACAAAUGUAUGAGUAACAGUGUUAUCUAUCAAAGGAUGUAAGCAGUCCUUGUGCACAGUUACUGUUAACACAUUCAUGUUACUGGCAAGACAACUGUUUUCUCUGCUACUCUUUGUUUCAGUAUCUCACUGUAUACAAUAAAAGGCAUAAAAGAAG